AGCAGGACCACGCGUCUCCACCCACCCCACGUACACGUGUGCGCCCACCACGAGCGCUCGUUCUGCUCCGCUUAUAUUAUAUCCAUCCAUCCUCGAUCCAUCUAGGCUUUCACCGUCUCACACACACACAAAAUUCGUCACAGUGAUCAAAGAGUGAGAUUGCUUAGUAUUAGCAGCUGCACCGACGUAAGUGCGACGAUGGACGCGCCGGCCCCCGACAACAUCGCCGCUGAGGAGGGCGGGCAGCAACAGAUGCACCAGGACGAGAAGGAGCACAGGCCGAUGUUCAGGAGAGUCAAGGACAGGAUGAGGAAGAUGAAGAACACCAUCGCCGGCCACGGCCACGAUCACGAUCACGAUCACGAGCAGGACACCGGGGGCGGUGGUAGCAACAGCACCGGCGAGGACGAGGAGGAUGCGGCGACGAGGGAAGCCGAGGUGGACAAGGGCGGAUACCAGCAGCAAGACGUCGAGGACAAGCCCAUCUUCGCGGACUCCAGUCCCGAGCAGCACGGCGCACCCAUGUACGACUCGGAGAGGAUCCCUGCGGCGGCCAAGGAGGUGGAGCACAACGACGCUCCGGCAGCGGCGCAGGAGGUGAAGCGCGACGACGCCGCGGGGAUGCGGCUCGGCGACUUGGGCGGCCCGCCGUCGGCGAAGGAGGUGAAGCUGGACGACACCCAGAGGGUGCCGCUCGGCGACCUUGGCGCCCCGGCAGCGGCGCAGGAGGUGAAGUGCGACGACGCUCCGGGGGUUUGGCUUGGUGACCUUGGCGCCCCGGCAGCGGCGCAGGAGGUGAAGCCCAACGAGGCUCCGGGGGUGCGGCUUGCUGACCUUGGCGCCCCGGCAGCGGCGCAGGAGGUGAAGCGCGACGACACCCAGGGGGUGCCGCUCGGCGAUCUCGGCAGCCCUGUCGUCGAGGACCCGGCCGUGCCGAACUCGAGCACGCCCAUGCCGCCAGGUGGCCAAGACAUCGGCACGACGGAUGCCGUCCGUAACUUGGAGGCGAUGACUGUGUCAGACGACCCCAAGCAAGUCGGCGCACGGAAGAUGGACGUCGACGUGAGCAAAGAGUAUGAGGCAAUGCCGGUGUCGGACGGCACCGGGGAGGAACGGAACGACGCACCCACGGACGCCGAGUACACCGGGAGCGACACGGACAGGCUCAAGAAUACGGCAGCUGGCACGGUGUAUGAGAAGGUCGCCGGCGUCGGCACGGUCAUGGCGAGCAAGGCGCAGCAGGUCACCCCCGGCGUCGGCGCUGGCGGGAACGCGCAGGACGACUCCAGCGCAACUGCCGCCCCUGAAUCGGUGACCGCCGGUGCCGGGAAGAGGGACCUCGACUUGCCGCAAGAGGGAACGGCGGCGUCCUACACCGGCACGGAGGGGCUGAAGGACGCGGCAACGGACGCGACGGGCACGGAGGGGCUGAAGAACGCGGCCACGGACGCGACGGGCACGGAGGGGCUGAAGAACGCCGCCACGGACGCGACGACGGAGGGCGCGCCUGGCGCGACGUACACGGACAUGAUCAAGUCCGCGGCGGCGGGCACCACGGAGUACGGCAAGAAGCUGGCUAGCACGGUGUACGACAUGAUCAAGUCCGCGGUGGCGGGCGCCACGGAGUACGGCAAGAAGCUAGCGAGCACGGUGUACGAGAAGGUCGCCGGCGUCGGCACGGCCGUUGCGAGCAAGGCCCAGCAGGUGACGACAUCGGCCGGCACCGCGGUGCUUCACGGCGCGGCUCCAAGGACCAACACGAAUGUGAUGUGAAGUGCAGCCUGUGAACACUGAUCAGUGCGCCGGGGUCGAUCGUGGGAUCGCUGGAAUAAGUCGCCUGCUUGGUGGUUGGGUUCAUCUGGGGCUUCAUCGUUCCUAUAUUUUGGGCAAAACGUGUUCUACAGGUGUUCGUGUGAGUUUCACACGGUUUUGUAUGUCUGUAAAUCAUGUACGGUACGCGUGUGUAUGUACAUGUUUCUGUCUGUCUGUAAAUUCUUUUCAACUUCACGUGUGUAAUCUGUGUCUUCAAACACUCGAUGUUUCUUCGUC